CGACUUUACUAGCCACAAAUUUCGAUUGGGUCUCUAUUCACCAGAGUCCCCUAGUCCCCCGCAUACAGCGACGUUGCCGACACCACAGAUUUCGCCGGUGAUGUGAACAACUCGCUGGUUUUGUGCAAUCCUCCUCGCACGACGCAGUGGCAGCCUUGGUCAUGGAGAAUCACCAUACGGUGUUAAAUCGUCCACCAGCUCCGCUGGUCUCCUCCACCGAUGACCAAGAAAUCCUCGACAACAUAGAUGGCCGCAUGCACGGCCCCAUGAGCGGAUUUAUUCAAAAAUAUUUCGGCGACUUUCAAUACGUCCGCCAAGGUGCUGUCUUGGAAAUCCUGGUGGACGGAAGAAUCGCCGGCCGCUGUGCUGUUCCAUCAGUUGCUCCGUCACCCGACAAUUUCCUACCAUGGUUUUCCUACUAUGUAUCUCGUGAGCUUGACGGCGCUCGGGGCUCAUGGCAUACAAUACCUAGCGGUAAUGUGGCACUCGAGCCCGAGAGUACCGACGAUGGUGCUGGCCUCCUCUUAUCCAUACCCACCUCGCUCGUCUCUAACGUCCAGACGAGAUGGGACCAUGUUCAGGUUAUUGGCCAGUUUUGCCGCCGCGGCCGCGUUCGGUAUCAGGAUGGGCUAUUACGUCUCUGCCGGUCCGCACACCAGGUGUUUUCUAGUCAGCCUACGCGGCUCUUUUUGCAUGGCUUCUACAUACGUGGCUCGCUGGUCGAACUUUGGGUCUUCGACAGAUCCGGCUUAUAUUGUAGCGAAGUAUUCGACAUUCAGAAAGACUUCAUCCAGUUUCUCUCCAUUAUUCUUACCUAUCAGCGGAUGACAGACCAUGACCUAGGCAAAGCCAACAGCAUCGAGACAGAUGAGGAUGGCAGCUAUAUCAUCCUUGACGAUGUUGCCAUGCCCUCUCCUAGAAAGCUCUAUCUCGAAAGUCAGCCGAUUGUAUCUCGUGGGGGACUUGUUGGCGCUGGGACAACUUGCUACCGGGCUAGAACGUCUAAUUCGAAUCCAUGGAACUAUAUAUUGAAGUGGAAAUGGCGAUGGGCCAGGGAGCGUCCGGAAGAUGAGCUUUUAAGGCUAGCCAAGGAAAAACGCGCCUGGGGUGCCGUCUCCCUGGAUUAUUACAAGGAAGUCGAAAGUACAGCAAAUCUGCGUCGAAGUCUCCGGUGGGGGGCGCAAAGAAAAUUCACCCAGCCGCACUCUCAGGAGGAGGAACACGGAAGUAUUGAGGGGCAACGACAGCAAGACGCUUUUAAUACCGACGGGCUUGAUCAAUAUACAGAAGAAACCGAUAACUUCCUUCAAAACCGCAUUCUUGCCUGCAUGGUUACUUCCCCCGUCGGCAGACCCCUUCAUACAUUUCAGUCUCUGAUAGAAUUGCUUCUAGUGUUUCGUGAUGCUAUCAAGUGUCACAGAUCACUCUAUUAUGACGCCAAGAUUCUUCAUCAAGAUAUAUCUCCGGGGAACGUGAUUAUUCUGGAUAGCCAAGACGAAGGGAAGCCGAAGGGAAUCUUGAUAGACCUCGAUUCCGCACUCGAGCUCACCGAAGGGCAGGAGGUGGAGUCUGAUAUUACCGGCACCAGACCAUUUAUGGCGAUUGGCGUUCUCAAGAGUAAACGUCAUACUUAUCGGCACGACCUCGAGUCUUUCCUUUACGUUUUUCUGUGGACAAUCAUCACGAAUCACACGGAGAAUCCUCCAGAGGCGAGCAGGCUCCGACAAUGGAGCGACGGCGACUGGAGCGAACUGGCGCUACGCAAGUCCCUUGACAUGGAUCCGGACGGCUUUCGAGAUAUUUUGCACGAGUUCACUCCCGGAUUCUACUCCCUGAAGCCGCUGGCCGAAAGCCUACACCAAAUUCUAUUUCCCCUAAGAGAUGGGGUAAUUUGGACAGGGACCGACGACUCCCUCGAAGCUGCAGAUAAGCUCUACUAUGGGAUGACCCGCGCGUUCGAAGAGGCCAUUGCUUCUGAGGGUAGAAGACAGACGUAACGGGCAUAAGAAAGUUCGUUUUA